AUGUGGGAGAACUACGAGACGGUGACCUCGCUGGGAUUCCCCCUUCCCAAACCUGACCUGAUCACCUGGAUGGAACAAGAGGAAGAGCCGUGGGUGCCCGAUCUCCAGGCCUGUGAGGAAAGAGAGAUCCCGAGAGGCACCCACACAGGUGAUGAGAGAGGGCUGGUGACCUUUGAGGAGGUGGCUGUGUAUUUCACCCAGGGACAGGGGGCUCUGCUGGACCCCGCUCAGAGAGCCCUCUACAGGGACGUCAUGCAGGAGAACUACGAGACGGUGACCUCGCUGGGAUUCCCCCUUCCCAAACCUGACCUGAUCAGCCGGCUGGAACGAGGAGAAGAGCCGUGGGUGCCCGAUCUCCAGGCCUGCGAGGAAAGAGAGAUCCCAAGAGAUGCCCACACAGGUGAGGAGACAUGGAUCCACACAGGAGAGAGACGCCAUAAGUGCUUACACUGUGGAAAAAGUUUCGUACAUAGGUCAGACCUUGUUAAACAUCAGGCUAUUCACACUGGAGAGAGACCUCAUAAGUGCUUGGACUGUGGGAAAAGUUUUAUACGGAGGUCAGCCCUUGUCAAACAUCAGACAGUCCACACUGGAGAGAGACCCCAUAAGUGUUUAGACUGUGGGAAAAGUUUUAUAUGGAAGUCAGGCCUUGCUAAUCAUCAGGCAAUCCACACAGGAGAGAGACCCCAUAAGUGCUUAGACUGUGGAAAAAGUUUCAUACAGAGGUCAGACCUUGUUAAACAUCAGGCAAUCCACACAGGAGAGAGACCCCAUAAGUGCUUGGACUGUGGGAAAAGUUUUAUACGGAGGUCAGCCCUUGUCAAACACCAGGCAAUCCACACUGGAGAGAGACCCCAUAAGUGCUUAGAUUGUGGAAAAAGUUUCAUACAGAGGUCAAACCUUGUGAAACAUCAGGCAAUCCACACAGGAGAGAGAUCCCAUAAGUGCUUAGACUGUGGAAAAAGUUUUGUAUGGAAGUCAGGCCUUGCUAAUCAUCAGACAAUUCACACUGGAGAGAGAUCCCAUAAGUGCUUAGACUGUGGAAAAAGUUUCAUACAGAGGUCAUACCUUUUAAAACAUCAGGCAAUCCACACAGGAGAGAGAUCCCAUACAUGCUUAGACUGUGGAAAAAGUUUCAUACAGAGGUCAAAUCUUAUAACACAUCAGAAGAUCCACACAGGUGAGAGAUCCCAUAAGUGCUUAGACUGUGGAAAAAAUUUUAUAUGGAAGUCAGCCCUUGUGAAACAUCAAGCAGUCCACACAGGAGAGAGAUCCCAUAAGUGCUUAGACUGUGGAAAAAGUUUCAUACACAGGUCAGACCUUGUAAAACAUCAGGCAAUCCAUACAGGAGAGAGACCCCAUACGUGCUUAGACUGUAGAAAAAGUUUCAUACAGGGGUCAGACCUUGUAAAACAUCAGGCAAUCCAUACAGGAGAGAGACCCCAUAAGUGCUUAGACUGUGGGAAAAGUUUCACACAGAGAUCACAUCUUAAAACACAUCAGAGAAUCCACACAGGAGAGAGACCCCAUAAGUGCUUGGACUGUGGGAAAAGUUUCAUACAGAGGUCGGACCUUGUUAAACAUCAGGUAAUCCACACAGGAGAGAGACCCCACAAGUGCUUAGACUGUGGGAAGAGUUUCAUAAGGAGAUCAACCCUUCUUAAUCAUCAGGCAAUCCACACAGGAGAGAGACCCCAUAAGCUAAGGAAUCACGUCCACAUUUCGCUCCAGAUCGUCCCGUCUUCCAGGAGACAGGGAAGGGAAAUGGCUGUGAUGGAGCCAGCUCAGGAGCUGAUGACCUUCGAGGAGGUGGCUGUGUAUUUCACCCGAGGGCAGGGGGCUCUGCUGGACCCCGCUCAGAGAGCCCUCUACAGGGACGUCAUGCAGGAGAACUACGAGACGGUGACCUCGCUGGGAUUCCCCUUUCCCAAACCUGACCUGAUCAGCCGGCUGGAACGAGGAGAAGAGCCGUGGGUGCCCGAUCUCAAGGCCUGCGAGGAAAGAGAGAUCCCAAGAGGUGCCCACACAGGUGAGGAGACAGUGAGUGAGAAAAAGGAGGGGAAUCAACAGCAGGAAGUUCCUGGGCACGGGGAAUCACAGGGGACCUCGGAGCCAGUGACCUUCGAGGAGGUGGCUGUGUAUUUCACCCAGGGGCAGGGGGCUCUGCUGGACCCCGCUCAGAGAGCCCUCUACAGGGAUGUCAUGCAGGAGAACUACGAGAUGGUGACCUCGCUGGAUUCCACCUUCCCCAGCAGAGCACAGGGACAGGUUCCACUCAAGGAAUGUCCUUUCUGA